GUUAUUACGAAAUGAUUUGAACCAAAAAAAAAAAAUAGUUAUACACUAAAUAAAUUCCAUCGUAUCUAUAUUUGGAUGGAUAUAAUUGCUGAAUUACCAUCGUAUCUAUAUUUGGAUGGAUAUAAUUGCUGAAUUACCAUCGUCACAAUCACCAACGGAAAAAAAAAAAAGUUAGAGGAGGUUCAUACUAGAAUGCAGAGGAAGCUACAUGUGAAAAAGACAGAAAUAAAAAGAAGAAGAUUGUGGAGCAAAAUUGAGCAACGAAGAUGUCGCGAAUUGCUUUAGUUCGUUAUAGCCGUUACCUCUCGCGCCUUAAACCUCUGCCAUAUCUGGAUAGACCUUCGUUUCUGUCUUCUUCUGCUGCCUCGUGUCGAGACGGCGAUUGUCAGACCGGGCCGCCACCGAUCCGAGUCGGACUCACCGAGUCAGCGGGUCGAGCUGUUUUCGCAACUCGUAGAAUUGGUUCUGGAGAUCUUAUACACACGGCCAAGCCCGUCUUAGCUAGCCCUUCCCUUCUUUCGCUCGACUCCGUCUGCUAUCUCUGCCUCAAGAAACUCAUGGGUUCUGCUAAAUUUCAUGAUUGUGGAGUUUCGUAUUGCAGCCAAGAGUGCCAAGAGAACGCAAAGGGGUUUUAUGAUGUCGAAACAAGAGCUGAUUGGUCAAGUUUUGUUGAUUAUUGUAGGACUCAAAACUUCAAGUACCCGCUUAUGGUCAAGAGGUUGUCUUGUAUGAUAAUAUCAGGUGCUCUCUCCGCUGACUCUCUUGACAUACUUCAACCAGCUGCUUUAACUUCUGAGAUGAUUUCAAAGAUAGAGGACGGUUAUGGUUUGUUAUGGAAUGCAUUCAGGAAGGCAAACUUCAAGGAUGAAGAUGUUGCUUUUUUAACUAAACAGUGGUAUACGGCUGUUCUGGCCCGGAUUCGUAUCAAUGCAUUUCGUAUUGAUUUGGUUGGAGGCUCAUGUGGCGAAGACCUUCUUUCACUGGCUGCAGCCUCUGUGGAAGGUGAAGGUGCAGUUGGCCAUGCCGUUUAUAUGCUGCCAUCCUUCUACAAUCAUGACUGUGAUCCCAAUGCACACAUAUUAUGGUUGCAGAAUGCAGAUGCAAGGUUGAUGACUCUUCGCGAUGUCGAAGAAGGUGAAGAGCUUCGGAUAUGUUAUAUAGAUGCAAGCAUGGGAUAUGAGGCUCGACAAACACUACUCUCUCAAGGCUUUGGCUUCUGCUGCAACUGCUUACGAUGCCAGUCCGGGGACUGAUCAGUAACUCUUUCCUCUCUGCUCAUCUUCACUUUUCAUUUAUCUAAUGUAAUAAGCGAGAGAAGACGAUUAAGUCGCUUUUAUCAAUGGCGUUUAAUCUAGACCGACCAAACUAUAUAAAUGUACUUACAUUAUCUCACUAUUUGUCAUGGAAAGCAACACUAAUCAUAAAGAAAGUUUUAAC